CAUAAGGAUGCGCCACUCGCGAUACAGCGUCUGAUUUCUCGAAGACAGAGUGUCCAAACCCACAGAAAAGAAGAUUAUUAUUAUAAAGAUGGCGUUUAUUAAAGAGGAGAGUGAAGACGUGAAGAUUGAAGAAGCUUUCAGAGUCAAACAUGAAGAUCCUGAGGAACAAACAGACUUUAUUGUGGUGAAAGUAGAGAGUGAAGAUCUGAAUGAAAUGAAAGAGGUGACUUCUCACGAAUGCAGAACUGGAGAAAAUUCACAGACUGAAAAUACCGACUCACUAAAAAGUGCUCCGAAUGCUAAAACUGCACAUGUUUUCUGCCAACUUUGUGGAAAGAGUUUCUUUAAUAAAGGAACUCUUAAAGUCCACAUGAAAAUUCACAGCGGAGAGAAGCCGUACACCUGCCAACAGUGUGGAGUAAGUUUCCCUCGUAUAGACACUUUAAAAACCCACAUGAACAUUCACACUGGAGAGAAACCUUACUUAUGUCAACUGUGUGGGAAGAGUUUCGGUCACAAAGCAUCUCUUUAUAUUCACAAGAGACUUCACACCGGAGAGAUGCCUUAUGCCUGCAAGCUGUGUGGAAAAUCCUUUAAACAAAAAUCUAAUCUUACGACGCACAUGAGGGUUCACACUGGAGAGAAGCCUUACACGUGCCAACAGUGUGGAAAAUGUCUCACAAGUAAGCGCCGGCUUGAUGAACACGUGCUGAUGCACUUUAGAGAGAACAGUUUUAAAUGCCAUCAGUGUGAAAUGAGUUUCUCAGACAUGAACAUCCUCAAGAGGCACAUAACAACUCACAUCGGACAGAAGCCUUUUAUAUGCCUUCAGUGUGGAGUAAGCUGCACAAACAAGGCAAACCUCAAGACUCACAUGAGGAUCCACACUGGAGAAAAGCCUUUCACCUGCCCACAUUGUGAAAAGUGCUUUUCACGAAAACGUAGUCUUCAGGAUCACAUGGGAAUACACACCGGAGAGAAGCCGUACACGUGUGAUCAGUGUGGAAAGAGUUUCACUAACAGUGGAAGCCAUUAUCUCCACAUGAGGACUCACACCGGAGAGAAGCACUUCACCUGCCAACAGUGUGGAAAGAGCUUUUCACAGAACGGAACUCUCAAGGAUCACAUGAGAAUCCACACUAGAGAGAAACCUCUCUAAAUGUGAGCUGCACAAACAGUAAACUCUUGAGAGUUCUGCUGGAACUUUUCUUUUCAGUUUGUUUUGUCUUUGUUGUAUAGUUGACAUGCCUAUGAGUAUCAGAAACAUCUUGUCUUAGAUAUUGUAUUGAUUUGAUGGAGGUUUUAAAACAGGGGUGCCCAAACCCGGUUCCUGGAGAUCUACCUUCCUGCAGAGUAAAGCUCCAACCCUAAUUAAACCAACUAAGUAGGACAGGGCUGCCCUGCAGAGUUUAGCACCAACCCAUAUCAAACACACCUGAACAAGCUAAUCAAGGUCUAAAGCUGUGGUCACACUAGAGUUUGUGCGUGUGAAAUUCUGUCAUACGGUGCUGCGAAAAGGGGCGGGAUUAAACAAGAUGAUUAGACAUUUAAAAAGCGAGCGAUUGCUCCAUGUUUUAAAUUUCUGUCCAGAGAGGUCGUGUUUUGAUCCUCAAUUGGUCUCAUGCAGAGUUCCCCAAGUUUGAAAUUUGCACCCCAUCGACCUGCGAAACUUGACGCAUGACCUUGCGUUUCCGGUCUGACGCAUUCACGUGCGUAUGAAUGGAAGUCUAUGGGAAGAAAAGUCCAGUGUGACUGCAGCUUUAAGCCAUGGUCACACUGCACUUUUCUCCCCAUAGACUUCCAUUCAUACGCACGUGAAUGCGGAAGACCAGAAAGGCAAGCUCGUUCCACACAUAAAUCUCACAUAAGCGUAGUGAACUUUGACCUGCGAAAUCGUAUCACCUGACUAUGUGAGACCAAUCAGAGAUCAAAACAUGACCUCACUGUGCAGAAAAUGUAAAAUUUGGAGCAAUCACUCACUUUUUUUAACGUCUAAUCAUCUUGUUUUAUCCCGUUCCCUUUUCUCAGCGCCGCACAACAGAAUUUUGCUUGCUCAAACUCUGAUGGACCACAGCUUUACUUGGUAUGCUUGAAACUUCCAGGUAGUGAUGUGCGAUACCACUCGUUUCCUAUCCGAUCCGAUAAAAUAAAGGCGAGUAUCGGCGAUACCGAUCUGAUACCAAUACUAGCCAAAAAUCUCAAAAUGUCACUUUAUACUGAAUAUGAGACAUAUAACUGGUUUUUAUUGUUUAUUGAUGAAGAAUUAUCAUACAAAAAACAGCCAACUUGCAUAUUUAUUGACCGCAUCUGAGCAUGUAUACCUUAAAACGCCUGCCUGAACAUUUUAACAUAACAAUAAACAAUCACACCUUUUGGUUUAGUAAUCCGGUCCCCUUGAAGAUUUUGAACAUUUUUCCUUUGUUUUAUCAGUCACAAGAACCCAAGCCCCCAAAAUACAGCCACAUCGCCAUAUUUUCUCCCUCUGUACGUGAAGAGUUCCUGCCUGCUGCAUCCAAGGACUCUGAAAGCGAUGUCUGUCUCCCCCUAGCAGCAUCUGUACCUCUCCUUUCCUCCUCUUCUGACCGCCUAGUCAUGACAUUUUCAUAUUUUGUCUUGUGAUUUAUAUGUAGGUGUUUUGAGUACCUCACAGUUUUGUUACACGUGUCACAAACUACAUCGUUUGUGUUUAUGGAAGUGAAGUAGCUCCACACAUAACUUAGCUUGCGGUCACCCAUGUCCAAUGACAGCGUGACUGAACAACAUGUGCCACACCAGAGGACUGAGUGGCUAGCUAGCGUGAUCUGCAGUUGUACAGUGCCAUAUUAUGCACAUGACUUGGCAGGCGGAAAAACAAGUAGUUCCAACUAAGUUGGCAUUAUUCAGAGAAACUAGGGUAAUUGUGGUUACAUUCCGCUGUAUUUCUAUUUCCAAUAAACAACAUAUUUGCUCCAAAUUACUGAAAUAUCGAUAUUUUGAUUAUAUAAUCUAGAACAUACAAAGCUGGUAUCUGAGAUAUCGAUAUUUAGUAUCGAUCUGCACAUCACUACUUCCAGUUAGAAGUGUUGAGGCAAGUUGGAGCUAAACUCUGCAGUACACCAGCCUUUGAGGACUAAGUGUGGACAUGGCCUAUGAUUAGCUCAGUUCACCUCUUUGGACAAGUCUUCUGAGCCGGAAGACCCAUGAUUAGUGAGUCAUUAGGUUUUGUGAGUCAUUCGUUCAUCGUGUAACAGCAUGUAAACAGAUAAAUCACUCAAAACUCUAGGAAGAAAUGAACGGAUUGAAUCUUUUUCAAGCUACCACGAGAUAUUUGUUCAUUUUUAUCAUGUGUUGAACGAAGGACUGAAAGCCGAUAGAAAAUGGAACUAAUCUUGUCUCCUGUUUGCACAAUGUGCAAAUGAACAAAUCACUCCCUUACAGUCACAUAAGAUAUGGAUGCACUUCUGGAUAUGUUGGUAAAACGUGUUUAGAUAUUAGCAGACAUCAGUGAAUCCGAUUCAGAGAAAAACAUCUAAAUUCCUUUAGUCUGUCUACUAGAGGUUUGCUACUUCAGCUCUCUGACGUGAAGGGAAACUUAGCCCAGAUUUGUCGUCCACAUCCAGGGUUGAUAUGCUUAAACUGCAUCAAAGCUGUAUUGAUUAUAAAGUUACUAGAGUGCGUGUCAUUAUGACAAACUCCAUGGUUUAUGCACUCUUGGUCACACUGGAUCAUCAAACUCCUCCCAACACUGUCUUCCAAGUGUCCACAGUGGCUGAGGAAACGCUCCGGUGGUUCACAGGGCUCUGGAUGCUCCAUCCAUGAUCAAGAAAAUAUCCUGAAACCGCUCGAAGAGACGUACAAUGUGGGUUUUGGAGGUGCCGUAAGCUUAUUCAUCAACAACAUUUCUUUGGGGAGUCAUUUGGAAAAGUCAGACUAGAGGAAAAAGUGUUAGUUGGAUGUCUGCAUAAUCUUAUUAUUUAAACACACAAUAAAAUGUAUUUACCUUUAUAUACUAAUAUGUAUUGUUUUUCAAUCUUACAAAAAUGAGUUUUACAAUGCGGAAUUAAUGGCAAACUGAACAGAAAGAGAACAUGCGUUAAAAUUACAACAUGCCCUUCAAAGCAAGGUCAAAUUUGUGGACGAUCAUUUGGAUCCAUAUGCAUUAAUACAAUAACCUACUCUGCAACGCGGGAUUAGCCAGCUGUUUGUUAUUAAAGGAAGGAUCAGCACCAGAGACUAUUAAUGUUUGAGACUUUGUCCAAUACAGAAAACUAUACUUUACAUUUUAAUUUGAAUUGUCAAUUAAUAUUGCGUGAGCAUCAUUAAAACACUCUGUUUCGUUUUAGAAAUAUUUUAUGCUUUUUGAUUUUACCAUUGGCAGUCUUGCCUCAAAAUUGCAGUAGAAUUUAAAUAAAAUUAAAAUAAUGUAUUAAUUUGUGUGGGAUGAUGAUGAUGAACCUGAAAAAUUGUACGAUUUACUUUAAUAAAUAAAUAAAGUUCAAUAUACAAAAAUAUUUAAUUUGAAGAUGACAAUUAAAUUUAGAGGAUAACCCCUUGGAAAUGCAGACAUGACUGACAACAGAAAAAUUACAAACAGCUCAUUGUUCAUUUUUUUUUUAUUUUCAUAAU